AUUGUUCUCCAACUCUCUUCAGUUUCAACUUGCUAUAGCCAGAGAAUCGCAUUGUCUUAGAAACUCAGUUUGGUUUGUUGAUCUUCGUUGUUUGUGAUUCUUAGCAUAGCUGCUUUUGGGUUCCCUACAAUUUCAAAUUUCAGGCUAUCUCUUUCCUACACUUUUUAUCAGCUUUAAUAUAUUAUUUUUAUUCUGGAUUUCCGUAUUAAUUAAGAUCGAUGGAUUUUGUUUCUCCGAUCAUUGGAGUAAUUGUGGGGUACACUAUAAAGCCUAUUGGUCGCUUAUUGAGUUAUGUUUGUUUCACUCGCCGAAAUAUUCAAAACCUUAAGAGUCGAGUUGAAAUAUUAAAGGACACUAAAGAGUCCGUGCUUCACAAGGUCUGUGAAGCAACAAGAAAUGCUGAAAAUAUAGAAUCUGGUGUCCAAAAUUGGUUGACCAAGGCUGAUUCCAUUAUUGAAAAAUCUGAAACAUUACUAAACAACCUUUCUCAACAAGGUGGCUUGUGCUUGAAUUUGGUCCGAAGACACCAACUAAGUAGGAAAGUUGUAAAGUUGGGUGAUGAGGUUGUUGAGAUAAAAAAUGAGGGAAAUUUUGAUAGAGUUUCUUAUUGUGUAGCUCUCUCGGAGGUUGAGAGUUCAAAGGAAAAGACUUCAGAUUUUGUUAACUUUGAAUCAAGAAAGCCAACUAUAGACAAAAUCACUGGUGCACUUAUGGAUGACAAUGUCCACAGAAUUGGAGUGUAUGGGAUGGGAGGGGUUGGCAAAACAAUGUUAGUUAAAGAGAUUUCAAAAUUAGCUAUGGAGAAAAAGUUGUUUGAUGAAGUGCUCAUAUCAACCAUUAGUCAAACGCCAGACUUGAAAAGAAUUCAAGGACAACUUGGUGAUAAGCUUGGACUCAAAUUUGAACAAGAAACAGAAGAAGGAAGGGCCCUUAUGCUACAUAAAAGGUUGAAGAUGAAACAAAAGAUCCUCAUUGUACUUGAUGAUGUUUGGAAGCAAAUUGAUUUAGAAACCAUAGGAAUUCCAAGUAUUUCAGAUCACAGAGGAUGCAAGAUCCUAUUUACCUCAAGAGAUAAUAGUAUACUCUUGAAUGAUAUGUGCAUAGAUAAGAAUUUUGAGAUAAAAGUUUUACAAGAGGAUGAGACGUGGAAUUUAUUCAAGAAAAUUGCUGGUGAGAUUGUUGAAAUAUUUGAUUUGAAAAGUAUAGCCAUUGAGAUAGCAAAAGAAUGUGCACAUUUGCCAAUUGCUAUAAUAACGAUCGCUAAGGCAUUGAGAAACAAACAUUCAUCUAUUUGGAAGGAUGCCUUAGACCAACUAAGAAAUCCUAUUGUUGUGAAUAUUAGAGGGAUGAAUGAGAAAGUAUACUCUUCACUGAAGCUAAGCUACGAACAAUUAGAUUGUGAAGAGUCUAAAUUACUCUUUUUACUCUGUAGCAUGUUCCCAGAAGAUGAUGAAAUUGAUGUGGAGGAGCUACAUGUAUAUGCUAUGGGGAUGGGUUUCUUGCAUGGUGUUGACACUGUAGCACAGGCCCGACGUAGGAUAACAAAAUUGGUUGAUGAUCUUAUAUCUUCUUCUUUGCUUUUAGACGUAUCAAAGAAUAAGGGUGUGUAUGUUAAAAUGCACGAUCUCAUUCGUGAUGUAGCCAUACUAAUUUCCUCCAAAAAUGAUCAUAUUCGUACAUUAAAUUUUUCGAAAGGAUUGAAUGAAUCAUGGUCAGAAAAAGAAAUGUCAGGUGAUCACACAGUGGUAUACUUAAAUGUUGAAGGUUUGUGUAACCCUCCACAAAAGUUAAUGUUACCGAAGGUUCAAUUAUUGGUGUUAUGUGGACCAUUAUUGGAUGUACAUGAGUUCUCCAAUACUUUUUUGGGACAAACAACAGAGCUCAAAAUUCUAAAAUUAAAUGAAAUGAAAUUUUCCUUGGAGGUGACACCAUUCCUUUACUCUUUUGCAAAACUUCAAGCAUUGGAUUUGAAUUGGUGUGAAUUGGGAAACAUAGAUGCAAUUGGUGAGUUAACUAGUCUUGAAUUUCUUAGUUUUAAAGAAUCGAUGAUCAUCCAAAUUCCUACAACGAUGAGUAAAUUGACACGAUUAAAAGUGUUGAAUUUAUCAUGUUGUCAUCAACUAAAGGUAAUUCCACCUAAUAUUCUUUCAAAUUUGAAAAAUCUAGAAGAGUUAUAUUUGGAAAGGUUUGAUGGAUGGGAAAGAGAAGAAUUGAAUGAUGGAAGAAGAAAUGCUAGUCUUUCUGAGCUUACUGGCCUUUCCCACCUUUGCGUUUUAACAUUAUGGAUUCCAGAUGGAACAAUUAUGCCAAAACAAUUGUUUUCAAGAUUGUUGAAUUUGGAAACGUUUAAAAUUUUCAUUGGUUGCAAGCCUAUUGGAUGUUGGAAAAUGGAAGUGUCAAGGACCUUGGGUUUGAAGAUUGAAACAGAAAGUUGUGUGGAUAAUGAGAUAAAAAUGUUGUCAAAAAGAUCUGAAGAAUUACAUUUAGCGGGAUCAAUUGGCUCGAGGGUUCUCCCGUUUGAGUUAAAUGGAAACGAAUCUUCAUAUUUGAGGCAUCUUUACAUUUAUGAUAAUUCAGAAUUUCAACAUUUUUUCAAUUAUGAGCGAAACAAGUUGUCUUUGCAAAAAGUUUUGUCCAAUUUGGAGGUUCUAGAAUUGAAGAAUUUGGAGAAUUUGGAGACUAUGUUUCAUGGUGUUCAUAAUGUUAGAGAAUCUCAUUUCUACAAGUUGAAGAAGAUAAAGUUAUUAAGGUGUAAUAAAUUAGAAAUUCUCUUUGUUGACUUCUCAUUAAAUAAGUUUUUGCGUCUUGAGGAGAUGAAGAUUAGUGAUUGUGAGAUGAUGAAAGCAAUCGUUGUAAUAGAAAGCGAAAAGGCAACCAACAAAAUUGAAUUUAUGAAUUUAAAGUCUUUAAACCUAGAGGGCUUACCACGACUUCAAAGUUUUUUCUCUAAAAUUGAGAAACAUGGACAAUUAUGUGUUGAUAAUUUUGAAAGGGACGAGACAAGCAGAUGUAGCAAUCAUGACUCAUUUUUCAACCAAUGGGUCUCACUCCCUAAUUUGGAGCAGUUGAAAAUUAAAGAGGCUCAAAAUUUGAAGAUGAUAUUCCAUAAUAUACUCAUUCCUAAUUCAUUUUCCAAGCUCGAAAGUCUAAUGAUUGGUGAAUGUAACAAUCUUGAAAAAGUUUUUCCUUCCAAUAUAAUAAGUACAUUUACUUGUCUCAAAAUCUUAAGGAUCAAGAGUUGUAAUUUAUUGGAAGGAGUAUUUGAAGUGCAAGAGCCAAAUGCAAUACAGAAGAACAAUGAUUUGCUUCCAAGUUUGAGGCAUUUGGAAUUGAUUGAAUUGCCAAACCUCCAAUAUAUAUGGGAGAAGGAUCCUUGUGAACUUUUGAAAGCUAAAAAUUUAGAAAUAUUGUUUAUUAGUCAAUGUCCAAAACUUAAAAGAGAAUAUCCAAUCAAUGUUCUUCGACAACUAAAAAAUCUAGAGAUAGAUUUAAGUGAACUGAAUGAGAUUUUGAAGAAAGAAAAGUCAACACAGAUAUUGGAAUUUGAUCAAUUGGAGACUUCGAAGGCAGAGAUUAUACAGCUACGGGAUGGUCUACAUUUAUUUUUCAAACUUGAAAAUUUGAAAUUGCAUGGUUCUCUUGACGAUCGCUACACUCAGUUGCCAAUAGAAAUUGUUCAAAUAUUACACAACCUUGAAGUGUUUGAAGUGAGAAAAGCACUCAUUGAAGAAGUAUUUUCAAGUGAGAGAUUGGAUUAUAGUCUUGAAGAUUGGCAGAAUAAAAAAAUUAAUCUUUCCAGUUUGAGUUUAUAUGAAUUGCCCAAGCUUAGACAUUUGUGCAAUGAAGACUUACAAAAGAGUUCCUCAAUACUUCAAAAUUUGAGGUACUUAAAAGUAUUCGGAUGUGGCAUAUUGAAUAUGAUCCUGCCAUCAUCAAUGCCAUUCACAAACUUGGCCCAACUUAGAGUAGAAAAUUGUCAUCAAUUGACCUAUUUACUAAAUCCUUCUAUUGGUAGACGUUUGGUGAAUCUUGUAGUCUUGGCAAUAGAAGGAUGCAAAAGGAUGACAACUGUAAUUGCUGGAGGAAUAGAAUUGGAAGAAAAUGAUGAAAUCAUAUUCAACAGAUUAUAUAGGUUACAGCUUAAAGAUUUCUCCAAACUGACAAGUUUUCAUUCUGGAAAAUGUCCCAUUAGGUUUCCAAGGUUGCAAAGUAUAUAUCUUGAAAAUUGUCCUGAAAUGAGGAGUUUCUCUCUCGGAAUAGUAAGCACACCUACUUUGUUAACCGAAUCUAUUGGAUUAUUUGAUCGUGCAACUUAUCAAUCGAUCCCAUAUCUGAAAGAUUCACAAGAGAUCAUUGUAGAAGAUAUCAACGUAACUAUUCGACAAAUUUGGGAGGACAAUUACAGUACCAACCUUCAAUAUUUGUUUGAAGAACAGAAUUUGGAGGAAAGCCCAACCCGAUCAUCUUAGUUAAUUCAUAUGUGGAGGAACUGAGAUCUGAUUAAUGACUCUCAUUAUUUAAAGUUUGGUUAAGAGACUUUGGGAUUCAAUGACAAAUCUAAUGGGCUGGAACAAUAGAGGCAAAUCAAUUGUUGAACUAUUUAAAAGUCUUUUACUCGAUCAGACCGACACCAAAAGAAAGAUUAUCAUCUUCAACAUGAUGGUGCAUCUUAUAGACCACCUGGCAUGAUAGAAAUAACCGCGCCGUCAAGGAAAACAUCAAAAGCUCUACACAACUUUGGGAAAAUGUGUGCUUUCUAACAUGUUACUGGGUUUAUAGAAGUGGUACCUUCAAAGAUUAUAAUCCUCUAUGACUGCUAUAAAUCUGAGUGCUUUUUGUAAUUCCUAACUCUUAGUUUGGGCCUAUCUCUAGCCCUCUUUGAACGCUUUGUAUCUUUUUGUGCUUCAUUGAAUAUAUAUUUUGGAGAUGAUGAGGGUGCUA